UAAUUAGUUUGUGAUAUGACUGUGUGUCAGGUAGCGAUGCAGAACCAGAUCAACACUAACCCGGAGAGUCCAGACACGCUGACCAUCCACACGGCUCCGCAGUUCAUCAUCGGCCCGGGAGGAGUGGUCAACCUCGCUGGACUCGUCUCGCCCGCCAGCAGCGGCAAGUCCACAGUCGUAGCUGCAGAGGAGUUAAUCACCGCAGACUCCGUCGACGGUGCCAUACAGCAGGUCGUGAGCUCCGGAGGUCAACAGGUCAUCACCAUAGUAACCGAUGGCAUUCAGCUGGGCAACCUGCAGACGGGCACCGGCAUCAGCCAGCCCAUAAUAGUCACCAUGCCUGAUGGGCAACAGGGUGAGAGAAAACAGCUCAAUGAGACGGUGAUCAGCGAGGAGCCGUGUGUUAAGCGUCAGCGCGUGAAGGAGGAAGACGACGAUCAGACAGAAGCACAAGACGCUCAGAUCCAGCAGACGCUCUCGCUCGAGGACUUCCAGGAGAAAGUGUCUCUUCUGAAGCAGCUGGAGGAGGCGAACCGCGAGGCUCAGAAAUACAGACAGCAGUUCCUGAAGAAGGAGCAGGAGGCCGAGGCGUACAGACAGAAGCUGGAGGCCAUCACGCGGCAGAGCGCCAAGAAAGCUGCGUGAAAACACGCCGGACAUCCGCUUCUGUGACUGAAUCCUCAUCGUUCAUCUCCUUCAUGAAGCGCCUCAGCUGUGGUGCUCGUGUGGCCGACACGGGUUCGAUUCUGACCCACAUCCCACCUUCACCAGCCUUUCAAUAAAGAGACAAAAACUCCUCAAAACCCGAACGAGGGAUGUGUGAUUGUAGAGUAAUGUCGGAUUUCUAGAUGCACAGUAAAAAACAGAGUUGAGAAAACGUAAACGUUUAAGCAGGCAACCAGCUUCAGGAGACUCCUGAGUUUUCGAGAAAAACCUUAACCUUAGAUUUUUUUGACCUGCAGGUCGCGUCUGAUCGAAUUCAUCACCGAAUAUCAGCAUGUUUCUAGUGUCCUCCUGCUCGCUGUUUGUGAUGCAUUUUCCAGGAUUUCUGUCAUAAAGAUUCUUAUUUUUAAAAGACA